AUGGAUGUGGAGGAGUUUGACUCUGUUGCCACAACAUACUCCAACUUCAAGAGCAGCUUCGUUGAAAGGCUAUCUGCGGAGAUUCCUGUGGCUAGUAGCCCCAUUGCCACCAGAUGGCAGCCAAGCCCACCCAGGGACCUGGAAAGCUCUUCUGUGGAAGAGGGCCCUCUCUCCCACAUCCUGGAAUCUCUGGGAUCUGGGCUGAAGACAACACCAGCAGCAGACACCCUAACUCUACGAUUCCACAACAAAGAUUCACUGAAAACCCCAGGUAAAGGAAGUUCUGAAGUGAAUAACUCCACUCUUCGGUUUUGCAAGACACCUCUUGCAGGGGACAGAGACUGGAAGGAAAAUGUUGCCACCAAAAGCCAGAAAUGCCCAAACCAGCUAUUUUCAACCCAGAAGGGAGUUCAGCAAAUCGAUGGGAAAAUGUGUCUCUGCGAGGAGUCUCAGUGUGUCUGGACAGGCUAUAGAGAUAGAGCCAGAGAUUAAUUCUAUCUUAGGAGAUUCAGCAGUGUCCGCCAUUUCAUAUGCCAACCGGAGGUGAAGACUCAUCUCAAUGGUCUUCGAAAUGACCACUAUCUCAAUAUCCUGGACCGGAAUUCUCAAAAUCUCAUCGCUAUAGCCCUUGGAUCCUCUGUAUACAUCUGGGAUGAGCAAAACCACAGUUGGAAGGAAAACAUAGACUUAGGUGUCUCUUGUCAUUAUGUGUCGUCUGUGUUCUGGAUGAGAGAGGGAUCAUGCCUGGCUGUUGGCACCAGCGAGGGAGAAGUGCAAUUAUGGGAUGUGAUCACUAAAAAGCAGCUGAGAAACAUGCUUGGCCAUUUGUCAGUAGUUGGAGCCUUGAGCUGGAAUCACUGCACCUCAGCAGGUAAACAGAUCAGAUUUGAACUGACGGUUGGGUCCAGAUUGGGGCAUGCCCACCACCAUGAUGUUCGGGUGGUCCAGCAUCAUGUCAGAACACUUCACCACAAGGAGGCUGUGUGUGCUCUGAAAUGGUCACCUGAUGGCAGGCUGCUUUCCAGUGGGUGCAAUGAUGGAUUACUGGCAAUAUGGCCCCACGAUCCAGGGGCCAGUGUGCAGGGCCUGCCCCUGAAAGUCAUACCUCAGUCCAUGGCAGUUAAGGCCGUGGAGUGGUGUCCCUGGCAAUCUGAGGUCCUUGCCAUUAGAGGAGGCGUGAAGGACAGGUGCUUACAUGUUUUAGAUGUAAAUGCUGGGAAGAGCAUUCGGACUCCGAGCACACACUCACAGAUGUGUUCCCUCAUCUGGCUACCUAAGACAAAGGAGAUUGCAACUGGCCAAGGUGCUCCCAAGAAUGACAUGGCUCUGUGGGCCUGCCCCACGCUGUUCAGGUCCGCUGGGUUCUUCGGUCACAGAGACAGAGUGCUGCAUUUGGCCCUGAGUCCAGACCAGACACGCCUACUUUCGGCUGCUGCAGAUGGAACAGCGUGUGUGUGGAAGUGCCACUAG